GGUAAAAGGUCAUACUUAUAUCCGGUUUCUAUAUUUAUUUACUUAUGCGUCACAGGAAAUUUAACGGAAUUCCCACAUUUAUAUAGGACAUUCAUUUCACAACAUGUCAGCAGUUUAAAAGUUACCACGGCAAUAUUUUGACGAAAAAUGUAUUUUUCAUGAUUGAUAAUUCAAAAAUGCCAUCGCCGAUAAAUGGUUACCAUCAAGACGAAACAGUGAAACCAGUAAAUGAGUCAAUGGGUCGCGAAAAUAUCCAACCGACAUCUGCAAGACCUACGUUUGUUCGACAGAGAAGUAAUGUUCAGAAAGUUGAGGACUGUGUUGAAGAUUUGUCAGAUGAUGUCGAUGGUACAAAGCCACAUAAACCACAUACACUAGAAACGAGUAAAGGACGUUCAGAAAAUGGAACAAAAAGUGUACAUUUUGCCAAAAAUGGUGCCUGUGGCUGUGGUUCUGAUGAAGGUAUUGACCUACGACCACCAGAAACACCAGACGACGAAGAAACAUCACUCACAGACGAUAAACAAAUCAAAAUAAGACAAAGACAAAAAAAGAAAAAGCAAAGGCGGCAACAUUGGAUAGCAAUCUGUAGUUGUGGAUUCUUUAUUUUCUUAUUAGCUGCUGGAGCAUUGUCUUUUGCUGUGUAUAGUCAUGUUCAACAAAAACAGAAUCCAAACAACAAUCAUGGCGUUUUGUUUUGUUAUUCCUGUGAUAUUGUCAAAGCCGAAGAUAUCAUUACAUACAAAGAAGACUACAAAAUGUGUUGUGUGGGAAAAGAUGCCAAACUGAGAAGCUCUGAAGUUAAGGCAUCACCAGUUACUGCAGAGAUAGAAGAAGGAAAAGAAACAGAGAGCCACCGAGUGCAGUUCCAAGAAAUUAGUAUAGAUGUAGACCGAUCAGAAGGAGAAUCCCUGGGUUUUAGAAUGUUGUCUGCAGAAUCUUCAAACAACCCAUCAUUUUUGAAUUUGAGGAAAACUGCAAAUACGGAGAUCGUAAUCAACGAAUCUGGUCUGUACAUGAUGACAAUGACACUGACAACACGUGCGCCAAGAUCCGAAACAACAGGUACUUACUACCGGUUUAUGGCUUGUCUGAAAUUCCAAAAUGACAAUUACCAAGAUGACGAAUGUCGUAAAAUAACUCUCCUUCCCAAUGUUGGAGACCCAUUUGAAAUUCAUAAAACUAUAAACCUGAAUAAAGGAACAAUCAUACGCGCAACAUCCACAAAUUUAGACUUAUUGGAACGCAAUGUGAUUUUAAACAAAAUGCAAAUUGUUCAGUUGCACAAAUCUUAAAAACGUUUUACUGUAUUUAUUGUAAUAAUAUAGUGUUUAGUAUUUUGUUUUUUGUUUUCAAUACGAACUCAAUAACAUUGUUACAAAUAGUACUUGUUACUUAUUGACAUGCCAUUCAUAGAUCCAGACAAGUUUUCCCCAUGUGUAUAGGUGCUUAAUUGGGAUAAAUGAAAACGGCCUUUGAAAAAUGCUAUUCCUGUAAAAUGUCCUCAGUUAAUUUACUGUCCUCUUCAUCCUCAAUGAUUGAUAUUUGUCUAAACAGUUACAUAUUUUAAGUUGACAAUUAAAAUGUGUCAAUGUGUUUAUCAUGAUUUUCGCCUAGUAAGUAAUAAUGAAAUGAAUUUAAUAUUUUGAGCAUUUUGAGGCAAGAAAGUAUAGAAAGAAACGGAACCUAAGCACAUAUUUUAAAAAAAAAUAUUUUGGUAGGACGACCUUUAUGAUUUAAACAGGUUUCUAAUGUUGCAAAUUCGCUUAAUUCAUAUUAAUAAUGUUAAAUUAAUACUGUUUUAUUCAAAAAAAUAAAUUGAUGUUUUUUUCUUCAUUUUUCUUUGUGUGUGUUGUAACAGUUAAUUGUACUUUUGUUAUUAUUUCCCCCUCUUGCUUGAAUAUUUUCAAAGCAAUAUAGGUACGCCCAUAUUAUAAACUUGAAAGUGUAAUUGCAAUGUCAGCUCCAAUGGGCAUGUGAAUUUUAUUUAUUAAAAGUCCAUGCAUCUGGUUACAAAAUUUCAUAUACGCGAAGAUAACUUAUGUCAUGAUUAUAAUACACCACAUUUCUAACUGAUCGUUGAAAUGAUUACACAUAUGAAACUACUAAAAAUACUCAUUUUAACCAAGUUUUAUGAAUAUUUAUAAUCUCUGCAUUUAAAACACGUUAUCAAAAGCAUUUAGGCUUAUUGUGUUAGGUAUGUGCUUGACAAUCAUGAUCAUAAGAACUAAGCAGAAAUAAAUGAAUGAUUAAGAAGUCUUCCAAGUACACGAUUGCUCAUUUUGUCUCAAGGAACAUUCUUUUUUUUAUUUAACCAGUUUACAACAUUCUAUAGUGGAUUUUUUAUAUCUAAAAAAAAAAAAACAACAAAAAAACUGCAUUCUGUGAAGAAUGUUUUUUGUUCAUCGUUUCUCACAGAAGAUAUUGUAAUAAUUUCAUAUUUGUAUUUGUCUGUAUAUGUAUAUUUAUAUGUUCUUCCAACAUGUAGAUGCCAUGAUAUUAUCUGUGAUAUAAUUAGUGUGUUGUUAUGGACAACGAUUCCAUUUUAAUACUCGCCAAAACUGAAUCAGCAUUGAAAAUACCAUACUGCAUGUACUAGUAUUGCCUCAUUAAAUUGUCUGUUUAAAUUAUUUUAUGCUCCAAGUUUUUUUUUUUUUUUUUUUUUUAUAUAUGUGUAAAUAGUUUGUUUCAUUUUUGUUAUAUUUGCUUGUAAAUUUUUAAUAUUGAACUGGGGUGUACACAUGCAGUUGCCAUCUCGGAUCUCAAAUUGUUGAAAGAUUUUUAUUGAAAUUUUCUGUCAGAGUUUAAACAAAAAUGCUAUUCAUUUGCAUGCAUUUUCAUUUAUUAAUAAACAUAUAAAAUUAAGGAAGUUAUAUAUUAUCCUGAAAUUUUAUGUAAUUCGUUUUGUUAAGAGUAAAUGUGCUCGGUUAUUUCCUUUUUUCUAUUUAUUUCAAUGACAACUAUCAAAAUUGUUUCAACAAUUUCCUGCCUUUUCUUUUCUUAAAAAAAUAAAAAUAAAUUUCCUUAUAUGUAUAUUCUAUUUCAUUGAAUUUUGCUUAACCUAUAAUAUGAGUUCAUUGCUAUAUUUGGACUUCAUUAUUUUAUAAGUUACGUAAACAUCAGAAAAUGUUAUAUUGUUUUAUUCUUAAAACCCCUUAAAGAUUCAAUGUUAAAUGAGUUAUUAUUUAUACUGGCUUGAAAAUAUUUGCACCUUAAUCUUCAUGUGUGUCAAGAUUGAGAUCACUUUUUAUCUAUGCAAAUUGUAAUCAAAAUAUUAUAAAGAAAACAUUUUAAAGCGUUUAUACAAUUGUUGGUUUAUUUUAUAAAGUAAGAUAUUGAUUAUGAUGUUAAAAUAUGCAAUCGUAUAUAUUACAUCAACUUAAUACCAUCUCGUCUAGAAUAUGCAUGAAAUAUUUGUCACUGGACGUUAAACAAACAAUUAAUAAAUCAACCUUAAUAUCAUGUAUAAUAUUACAAGGUUAAUUUUAUUAGUUUAUCAUACUCAUUACACUAAAAGGGUUGUAUGAUAAUGAUAUGUAGCUCAAAGAUACAUCAUAAUUUUGUAACCAUAAAAAGAGCAUUUUCAUUAUUUCAAAGAAUAGAGCUUUAAUUCACAAGUGCAUACGUUCGUUAAACAUUCAGAUGUGAGCCUUCGAAUUAUAUCAAACAAAGCCAGUUGACAUAAUAUAAAGGAUAUAUGCAUUUGUAGAAAAUGUCAUAGUUUUUGAAAAUCAUUUAUUGAAUUUGUUUAUUUUAUAUUUUAUUGAUAUAUGAAAUAAAAAAAAAUAAUAAUUUUAA